AUGGAAGAAGUGUACGAUUUGACCGUCGUCGGUGCGGGAUGGUAUGGCCUUGCUGUCGCCGCAACAUACUUGCAAGUACAUCCUACAACCAACAUCCUCGUUCUUGAAGCGCAAGCAACUGUUGGUGGUGUAUGGAGUCAAGAACGCCAAUACCCAGAUCUCAAAUCCAAUAACAUGCUCGGUACAUACGAGUACCCAGGCUUUGCCAUGGACACUGAGACGUACGGUGUCAAGGCUGGCGAGCAUAUCCCUGGUCAUGUCAUCCAUCGAUAUCUCAACGACUACGCAAAGAAGACUGGAGUCUUUUCUCGCAUCAGAUUCAACACUAAAGUGUUCGAAGCCUCUGCAGAGACUAGCAGCGAGGGCUGGACUCUAAGAACCGACAAUCACGACUUACUGUUCCUGCGGACGAGCCAAUUAGUCGUAGCCACGGGUCUGACCUCUACUCCGUUCAUCCCAGCGUUCGAUGGAGAAGAAGUCUUCAAAAAGUCAGGUCUUUUGACCCACUCUCGUAACUUCCCUCAGCACACAGAUCGCCUCUUCAACAAAACUUCUACUGUCACCGUCCUUGGCGGCUCAAAGUCAGCCUGGGACGUUGCUUACGCUUGCGCCUCCCGCAAUGUCCCCGUCAAUCUCGUCGUUCGCUCCUCGGGCCAGGGACCGACAUGGAUGGCACCUCCUUACGUGACGCCUGUAAAAGCCUGGCUAGAAAAACUGGUCCAUCGUCGCUUUUUGACCUGGCUAUCUCCCUGUAUCUGGGGCGACGAAGAUGGUUUCGGCUCAGUGAGAAACUUCCUGCAUGGCUCUUGGCUAGGCAGGAAACUGGUAGAUGCGUUUUGGUGGGUGCUCUCUACUGAUGCAAAUGCAUUGAUGGGAUAUGACAAGCACCCUGAGACCGCGAAACUCAAGCCUAGAAAUUCGGCGUUUUGGACGGGCAGUGGAUUGGGUAUUCUCAAUUUCGAUGGAGACUUCUUGGGUCUUGUACGGGAGGGCAAGGUCAAAGUUCACAUUGCUGAUGUGGUGAAGUUGGGACAAAACACUGUAUCGCUCAGUGAUGGCACUAGUUUGGAUACUGAUGCUCUUGUCUGCGCAACAGGUUGGAAAGCUCGACCACCGAUGACUUUCCUACCCGAAGGAAUAGAUGCGACAAUCGGCUUGCCUUACAGCCCACCAACAACGCCUCAAUCACUAUUCGAACUCGCAGAAGCAGACGAAGAAAUUCUCUCACGCUUUCCGCAACUGAAAGACCAACCUCCAACACCCAUUCCUGGUGGUGACAUGACUGCCGACGCAACCACCCUCCCCUUCACACUUUACCGUUUCAUGGCACCCCCUGGUUAUUCUCCGAGGUCCACUAUCGCUUUUGCAGGAGUUAUAACCACGAUAUCGACCUCUCUCUGCGCAUCCCUGCAAGCUCUGUGGAUAACAGCCUACCUCUCAAAUUCUUUGACUCGGGUUCCUAUAUCCCCUGUACUCAAAGUCAAAUCAGCGGUCUUGCACUCAAGGUUUGGCAGAUGGAGAUAUCCCUGUGGGCAUGGUGGCAGAUUCCCAGAUUUCGUUUUCGAUGCUGUGCCGUAUCUCGAUAUGCUGUGCAAAGACUUGGGUCUGGAGAGCAGGAGAAAAGGGAGUUUGUGGAAAGAGGUGUUCGAAGCAUAUGGGCCUGAGGACUACAAAGGUAUUGUCGAGGAGUGGAUUGAGAAAGAGCGUCGUUAG